AUGUCAAUUGACCUUACUGAACAAAUCACUCCACCAACUCGGCGUAGAAAGGCUUCGCGUAGUGAUCUUUUCACUAAAAAUCACUUUGACGAGCGAAAUCUUCCACCAGACAAUGAGAAAGCAAAAACUCAUCGUGAAGUCCGAUGUCUUAAUAGUCC